AUGGUACUGCCGCCGCCGGUGCUGCCGACGGUGCCACCGAUGGUGCCAAUGGUGCCGCCGAUGGUGCCGAUGGUGCCGCCGAUGGUGCCACCGCUGAUGGUACCGAUGGUGCCGCCGCCGAUGGUGCCACCGCCGUCGGCCUCCCGCUCCUCCUCGCCGCACCGCAACAGCGCUCCCGGCGCCGCUACAACCGCCGCCGCCUCGGCCGCCGCCGCCGCCGCGGGGCAUUGUGGGAAGGGGCGGGGCGCGCGCGGCUCCCAUUGGCCGGCGGCGGGGGGGGGAGGGGGCGGGGCGGGCGCGCGCGCGGCCGUUGGCGGGAGCUGUUGGCGGGAAGCGGCCGCCGCCGCGUCUGCAACCCCCCGCCAUGCUGCCCGCCCGGCCCCACACCUCCCCGCUGGGGGGCGGCGGCGGCGGCGGGGGCGGAGCCUCGGCGGCGCCCGGCCCCGCCCCCCGCCCCCCUGGAGCCCCGGCCCCCGCAGCGUCACCUUCCGCCGGGUGACGCCGCCGCCGCCGCCUGACGCCGCCCCCGCCAGCCGCCUGUACGACCCCCGGCGGCCCCAGACCUUCUUCCGGCAGUGCUUCCAGGUGCUGGGGCGCCUGGGCCGCGGCUCCCACGGCCUCGUCUAUAAGGUGCGCAGCCGCGAGGACGGCCGCCUGUACGCCGUCAAGCGGACCCUGGAGCCCUACCGGGGCGCCGCCGACCGCCGCCGCAAGCUGGCCGAGGUGCGCAACCACGAGACGGUGGGCCGUCACCCGCACUGCCUGGGCCUGGUGCGCGCCUGGGAGGAGCGAGGCCAGCUGUACCUGCAGAGCGAGCUGUGCCCCGGCGGCCCGCUGCGGCCGACUGUUGGCGGCCUCCCGCCUUGGAGGACCACCGCGUACCUCUGGGACCUGCUGCAGGCCCUGGGCCACCUGCACGGGCGCCGCUUGGCCCACCUGGACGUCAAGCCGGCCAACGUGCUGCUGGGCCCCGGCGGGUGUCGUCUGGGCGACUUCGGGUGUCUCCUGGAGGCCGGCGGGCGGCCGGGUGACGGCGCCGAGGGCGACCCCCGCUACCUGGCGCCCGAGGCGCUGCGGGGCGACCUGGGCCCCGCCGCCGACGUCUUCAGCCUCGGCCUCACCGUGCUGGAGGUGGCGGCCGGGCGGGAGCUGCCGGCGGCCGGCGACGGGUGGCAGGAGCUGCGGCGGGGGCGGCUGCCGGCGGCCAUGACGGCGGGGUUGACGCCGGAGCUGCGGGCGCUGCUGGCGGCCAUGUUGGAGCCGGAGCCGGGCCGGAGGCCCUCGGUGGAGGCCUUGCUGCGCACGGCCGUGGUGCGGCGGGCGGGGCGGUGGCGGGCCCUCACCCGAUUGGCCGACGAGGGGCUGCGGCGGGCGGGGCAGCUGCUGGAGGACAUCCGGGCCCUGCUACGGUGGCUGUGGGGCGCGCUAUGGGGCCCGGCGCGCUGGCUGCGGGCCCCGGCCACCCCGCCCUGCUCCCCACUGCCACCCCACUUCAGCCCCUCCAGUGACUGGGACGAAGAUGAUGACGAUGACGGCAGCCCCAUGCGAUUGGUCCGCAGCGCCCCAGGGUGGCAGGGCGGGGCCCGGCCUGGCUCGCCGCAGGAUAGCCCUACCUCCUUCUCCCGCCUGGGCCGCGUUGUGUCCCCAAGUGCCACCUCCACCCCCCACCAUGACACCACCCCACGGAGCAGCUCCAGGAGCAGGUCCCCGGACAGCAGCCCCGGCGCCCUGGGCACCCUACGCCGCACCCUGACCUUCGAGGAGGAGCCCAAGUCCUGCCCCCAAUAAAGGGCGGGGCCACCCCACGGCACGGCCGCCCCACGGAGCAGC